AUGCACUCGUAUUUACAGUCCACACAUGAAUCAACUAUAACAUCAACCAUAACAUCAACUACAACAUCAACCACGACAACAACAUCAACAUCAACAUCAACAUCAACAUCAACAUCAACAUCAACCACAACAUCAACCACAACAGUAACUACAACAUCAAAUACAACAUCAACUACGACAUCAAAUAUAACAUCGAUAGCAACCACCGCAUCAACUACAGCAUCAAUAUCAACAACAACGCCAACACCGCAAUGGACAAUGACAGGAAACAUGAAUUUUGCACGAAAAUUUCACACGGCAUCUAUAUUAACAAAUGGAAAAGUGCUAGUUAUUGGUGGAUAUAAUGGUAUUUCUCUAAAUAGUGUUGAAUUGUACGAUCCAUCAACAGGAAUCUGGACAAUUAUUACUAGCAUGAGCACUGGAAGACAGGAACACACUACAUCUGUAUUCACAGAUGGGACUGUGUUAGUUGCUGGAGGAAUCAAAGAUAAAGGUUUUUUAAAUACUGCUGCAUUGUAUAAUCCAUCAACAGAUAGUUGGACAGUUACGGGAAACAUGCAUGGUCUACGAGGUGCUCACACAGCAACUAUAUUAACAAAUGGAAAAGUGUUAAUCAGUGGUGGAGAUGGUGGUAGUGGUUUUCUUAACACUGCUGAAUUAUAUGAUUCAUCAACAGGAAUCUGGACACGUACAGGAAACAUGCAUUAUAAUCGUGUUAAUCAUGCAACAUCUUUAUUAACAGAUGGACAAGUGUUAGUUGCGGGUGGACUUGAUGGUAGUUCUUUAAAUAGUGCUGAAUUGUAUGAUCCAUCGAUAGGAUUCUGGACAAUUACUGGUAGUAUGAGUGAUACACGGCAGGGUAGUACAUUAUCUAGAUUAAUGAAUGGGAAAGUGUUAGUUGCUGGUGGAUUUAAUGGUGGCUAUCUAAAAAGUGCUGAAUUAUAUGAUCCAUCAACCGGUAAUUGGACACAUACAGGUAGCAUGAAUUUUGCACGGCAGUGUCAUACAGCAUCAUUAUUAUCCAACGGAAAAGUAUUAGUUACUGGUGGAUCGAAUGGUAGUUUUCUAAAAACUACUGAAUUAUAUGAUCCAUUAACAGGAAUGUGGACAAUUAGUACUAAAAUGAAUAUUGGACGAUGGCAGCAUACAGCUACCAUACUCACAAAUGGAAUAUUGUUAAUUACUGGUGGUGAGGAGGGUAAUAAUAUGUACCUGAAUAAUGCAGAACUGUUUCCAUUGCCAUAA